UGCUUUUUCUUUUGGUUUUUCCUUUGGAUUAUAUUCUUCGAAUGGUUUUUAACUCCAACUCGAUGCAUAGAAAUGGGUAAACUGCACUCGAAACAUGCCGCUAUUUGUAAACCGAGGGAGAGCCCAGAAGGCGACAGUUUUGUAGUCAAUGCCUGCUUGGCGAGGAAGGGAAUCGACGACUGGCUCGUGAAGCAGAAAUACUACUGCGCGAGCUCUCGUCUCGAGCAGCGGGGCUGUCACCACAAGAAUAGCUGCGGUUUGACUGCACGGGACUCCAUGGAUGAAGCAUGUGCAGAGGGGAUUGGUGACGAACACUACCGUUUGGAAGUGGCUUUACCCCCAGAGAAGACAGACAGCUGCUGUGUGGAGGAGAAGAUGCAGGAGAGGGACAGCCAAUCUCCCGCAGGGCCACAGAAACAGCUCCAGUUUGAAGAGUUGGAGUGUGCUGUGUCUGUGGAGGAGGAUAACAGGCAGGAGUGGACCUUCACCCUUUACGACUUUGACAACAACGGCAAAGUCACCAGAGAGGAUAUCACCAGCCUGCUCCACACCAUCUAUGAGGUCGUGGACGCCUCCGUCAACCAUUCUCCCAGCAGCAGCAAGACACUGCGGGUCAAGCUCUCUGUGGCUCCUGACUCCAGCCAGCGGUGGAGGAGCUGCACGCAGGGUGCGGCAGAUACAUCCCACCCCAGAGAGAAAAAUGACAAGUGCAUAGAAGACCCCAAGAGUGCAGACAAGAAGACUCGAGCACUGCUAAGGCGCCACCACAGUGACCACCACACCCAGCCGGGCUGCCAGCGCCACUGUGUGGAUGAGAACCUGGAACGCAGGAACCACUACUUGGACCUGGCAGGCAUCGAAAACUACACAUCCCGCUUCGGAGCCGCCCCCACCACAGAGCCCACGAAGGCCGAGCCUCAGACCAGGUCUUCCAACCAGACUCGUUCUCGCUCCCAUGAACCAGAAAAUGGCCACUCCCAUUCCCACCACCGCCGCUUGCAGACUGCUGUGGACACUGUUGCUACGGACAGCCUCCACCCCGCCCCCCGCACACGAGGCCAAGACUCAGGGAAACACGCCCUCCGUUCUCCUAAGACCCACAGCCGCACACCUCCUGCACAGAUCAACGGCAGAGUGAUGAGAAGCCGAGGUGUCCCUCCUCCCCCAGCGCUACCCAGCCAGACCCCCCCUCACCAGUCCACGGCCCCCUACCGCAAGCACAAGCAGCGGUCCAAGGAGAGCCAGGGUUACAGGGCCUUAGGUUCUCUGGCAGCUCCAGGACCAGUAGUAGAGAAAGAGCACGUGAGGGACCUGCCCAGCGUGCUGCUGUAUGAAGGCGGGCUGGCACAAGUGGUGCAGCGGCACGAGCAUCACCACCACCAUGAACACCAUCACCACUACCACCACUUUUACCAGUCCUGAAUUUCCGCUUUGCCUGAGACAGUACAGCACUCCUGCAGCCCCACAAAACCCAGCCAGGCCAGCGGACACUGUGAGCACAGUGAGCAGUCAAACGCCGGGGAACCUUACAUUGUGCAGCACUGCAGUGGCUUUGUAGUGGACAAAGGACAUGGGUGGGAGAGGAGGAUCAUGGGAGGGGUGUCCCAGUGCUGGGAGGUUAUUAAUCAGUGUUAUAAAGUGUUUGGUCAGACAUACAAAAGCUCGGGUAUGCAGCAGGACAGUGAAUCAGGACCGUAGUCCGGCCAGGACUGAGGAUCACAGCUGGGGCUAGAGAAGACGCACAUAGGAGCAAUUUAACAAACAACCCAGAAGUUCCUCUCCCCUUAGACCCUGUGAUCCUCUACCUGAUGAACUCUACGGCUCCAAACCAGCACCACAACCUUUCCAGACCACUAAGCCAAAAGGUUUUUGAGGAAAAGGAGGGACGAGAGGAAGAAAGACUGUGAUGUAAAGAUGAAAAUAUAUGAAGGAGUAUUGGUGAUGGGAGAGCAGGGCAUAGCGUGUGAAUGUGUGUGUGUGUAAAACAGUGUGUGAAUGCGUGGGCGUAGCAAGAGUGCGUGAGUGUGUGUGAGUGUCACGACACUGGUGUCUGUUGAAAACCACUUUUAAGUGCGCUCAUGGGUGCGUGAGUAUUUAAAGCAGGCUGUCUGGCAGGUUUUUGAAGAUGAAAAAGAAGAUUCUGAUUCAAGCACGCAAUACCCCGUAAGCAAAAAUGGGAAGGAAGAAGCUGAAACAUGAGAAAGUAAAAAAAAAAAAAAUAAGAACAGAGAUCCCAAAUCCGCUGCUACCUCUAAUUUUAUCCUAAUUGUUGUUGUAAUGGUGACUUUGACUAAGCAUUCAGAGGUUAUUUUCAAAUUACUUCGAAACUUUUUUGAAGGAAAUCGUCUCAAAAUCUACAGUACUGAAGUCUCGAAAAGCUCCUUACUUUUAUGAACUAACAUUUACUGUACAUAAGGUAUAUAUUGUUAUCGAUUUUCUAAGCUUUAUUGAUAAUGUGAUAUCUUUGUAUUCCCUAUCUGAAAUUUUUAUGUUCGCUUUCUUUCACACCUGCAUUUUAUAAGACCACUAGGAGCCUCAUUUUGACUAGAAAAUGUCUCACCAUGAGAUUAGACCUAACUGUCAUCUAGUAUUAAUGGCCGAAUGAUUAAAAUCCCAACUCUCAACAGUUCUGUUCAGUAGCUCCACCUCACACCACAUACAUAAAACAAACAUACAAGUCUAUGUGCGUGAGUCCUACACGUUGAAACAAACAAACAAGGAAUUAUACAUAUAUAAAAGCACAUGGGUUAGGUUUAGCGGAUGUAAACUAAGCUGUAACUGAAUGGCCUCCAUGCUGUUCAUGUAGACUGCUGUGUACUAGUGUGUGGGUUCUGCAUCUAGAUAAAUGAGAAAAAUAACAAAUGAAUCUUUGCAGCUUAUAUAAAGUUCCAGUGCAGUUACUGCCCUAAAAUAGAUCUGUUGUAAAGCGCUUGUCAUGUUCCUGGAAGUCAGACAGUGUUUGUAACAAAAGCUCUCUCUCUCUUUUUUAUUUGAAUGUCCAUAAUGUCAGCUGUUAAAUCACAUGCUCUCAGUCCCAUGAUACACUUGAAAGCCAAACUACAGAUGGUGUGAUCUUAACAUCAGUGCUUUUGGCAUAUCUGCAUAAACUGAGCCGCUGUUAUAUCCAGCCAGUUAGAGGGUGGUGUAUUCAUUCAUCAGUAUGGAGUUUUACCUUUAAGGAGUUUUUUUUUGCUGAGCAUGCAUGUAAUUUUUCACCAGCGCCCUGCUUCAAAUCUACUGGUUUACUUUUUGGACUUCCGUGCUAGCGCUAUCCCUAACUCGUAGCAGCUCUUGUCCAGCCCUCGGCCUGGCUCAGGGUCACGCGGCUGCUCCCUCUGUUUCCAUGGCAUCUUCCUGUCCCCCAGCUGUCAGCAGGUCUUUCACCGUGCCGCCAUGUGGCCUCAAAGCUCAGCCAACAAGGCUCUGUUUGUGGUGUGGCAGGGCGAUGGCUCUUUCAGCUGUCCCAUUCCUCUGGUGCUGGAUAACACUGGGCCUGGCCCACAGUCUCCAGUCCGCCCAUAACUCACCACUGCUGCUCACCUGACAGCACCAGCCACUGUCUGUUCAUCCCAUCCUGUUCGAUCGGUGCUGCCAUAAGCAUGCAGAUGUUUAUGCCGCUGACGUGCGAGGCGUUGAACAGCAGAAGGGUGUCGAUCAGCUUGUUGGUUUUUGGUGAGCACACAUUCCCUUUUUGGCACUCCCCAGCAUCACAUUUAUAUAUGACCUGCCAUUAUGCAUACACAGUCUUUUGUUGGGGUGUAACUGCAGCCUCAUCUAUACAGAGAAAAUGCUAAAAGGAGAGUGCUCAAACAAUAUCCACCAUGCGUGUGCAUGUGUCUGUGAUGAGCAGGAAUGCAGCGUAUGCCAGUCUGCGGUGUCCUCUCACAGCUGCAGGCCAUCCUUUAGCAGGCACCAGUCAGGCGGGUCAUCUCACGGGAGCCGGUGUUGGAAACACCGUCAUUCCCUCUAGGGGGGGAAUCACAGCUGCGCUCCAUACCUCAGCUUCCUCACCUCAUGCUGCUUUUCCUGGACAACAGGUCCUUGCUGCUGGAGCCCUCAUAACACUGUAACUCCUUUGUCAAUGGCUUCCCCUCACGCGAAACAGUGUUGAUAACAGCGUGACGCUCCAAGUAUAAGUAGUGUGGAAAUGUUGGUGUGGUUGUGUGAACGGACAGCGUGGAGGCGACGGUUCAUCCUGCAGGGUGGUCCGAUUGGACACGGUGAGCGAGACUCUGAAGGAAUUUGGGUGAAAAGGCUCGGUCAGACCCACAGCCAGGUUCAAUUUUUAAACUUCUUUUACCCGGAGAGAGUUUCACUGAACAAACUGAAUUUCCUUUUUUUUCAAUGCCCCGCUACACAUUCAUACCUGAGCUCACACUGGAAAGCUGUUGAAAACACACUUUCAUACUAUUGACUUCAAAGCUGCAUCGCUGGAGCAACUGGGGGUGAUUUGCCUUGCUUAAGAGUGCCUCAACAGUGUUUGUUGAGAGUUGGGAAAGAAGUUUUUUUUUAUCAGUUUUGUCACACAGACUUUACCAGAUGCUCUGGGAAAUAAACUUAAAAUACUAAUGUUAAGGUCUUCAGUUAUCCAUGAAAAUCUACCAGACUUUCUUUUCUCCCAUUCAUUUUAUAUUUUUUAUUUGAAAUCAUGAAUGCCUAUUUUCAGAAAACAACAAAGUUCAAAUCAUGCCACUGAAACUUCUACAUCCACCAUCUUGUGUUGUAUAGAAUGUUCAGUAUUCACAGCCAGUCUGACGUGUUAGCACAGUAUGUAUCACACCACUAAUUUGCUUUGUUAUAUCCGCGUAUCGACAUUUUGAAAAACCUGAUGUAUAUAGUGGACUGCAGAAAGGAUAAACCAGCAUCAUGUAGAAAGAAUAUACGGCUUAUUUAUAAUGAAAUAACUGUCAAGCUAUCUCCCUUGCCUACUGUCAGCUAGUCCUCCAAUAUCCACCCGCCAGUCCCACUUAGCAGAGGGAGGAAUAAUUAUCUGUCUUUAACACAAGCUGUUUGUGUCCCUCCACACUCAGACACACUUCCACUUGGUGUUUGUUGUAAAAGAACGUUGUUUAGCACUAGCUGUUUUUUCCUCUCCCUCCUAAUGUUUUUUCAUGACUUUGUUUAGUUUAUAUAGAUUGUAUUUGAUUAAUUGCUUUAUUUAUUUGAUAGCAGAUCUGUGCCAAGGGAAAAUACCCUUUUAUUAAAGUAUGA